AGUAGAGUAAAUCUUUUAGUUUUCAGAUUCAUCAAUUCAGUUCACACUUAAGCGUCAUGAAGAGAAGCAUUGCAGAAAUUGAAGGUGAAGUUAGAGCCAUGGACAUGGCCAAGUGUUUGAUGUUGCUCUCUAAGGUUGGCGAAACCGAUUCGGGAAACCGUGUCUUUACGUGCAAAACAUGCAACAGGGAGUUCUCGUCAUUUCAGGCGUUGGGCGGGCACAGAGCUAGUCACAAGAAGCCGAAAUUGAUGGGAGGAGAGUUAUUUGAUAAUUCCCAGAUGCCUGCUUCUCCUAAGAAGCCUAAAACACACGAGUGUUCGAUUUGUGGGCUUGAGUUUUCCAUCGGCCAAGCGCUUGGUGGCCACAUGAGGAGACACAGGGCUGCUAUGACUGGUGAUGCGUUGGUUACUCGGCCUCUUUUGCCGGUUCCAGUUCUGAAGAAAUCGAACAGUAGCAAGAGAGUUCUGUGCCUGGAUUUGAACUUGACGCCGUUCGAGAAUGAUUUUAAGUUAUGGGUGGCUUAGAUUAGUUUAUUGUAUCUUAGAUACUAGGUUUAGUUUCUUCUUCUUUGUAUUUACCAACUUGUUGGAAUUUUGUUCCGGUAUUUGUUCAUUUGUUUCUACCGACAGUCACAGAUAUAUAUUUUCGUUUAAUUUCUUGUAUAUGAUUCAGACUUGUUUCAGUGA